CUCCGCGCGAAAACGGCUCAGAGUGAGACCUCUCGGCCCCACACUGGUCUUUGGUGUCCACGUCCCCGCGGUGUCCGAGUUCUACCGGCUGCGAUGCGUCUCGCGCCCCCGCGGUAGAAAACACGCAGUGGAGGAAAACUUCAGAGAAAUGGCGGAGGGCGCUUCGACUCUCAAAGGCUUGCGGACCCAGAUGGCUGCAGCUGCACAGGCCCAAGCCGAAGAGCGGCGCAGCCUGACAGGAAAUAGUCCAGGACCUACAACCAACACAUCAGCUAAACCUCAGGGGUGUAGACCAGUCAUCGACGGUGCUGCUCUUAGAAUAGACGACCGACUGCGAGUGGCAAAAGAGAGGCGAGAGGAGGCAGAGAGACAACAAGCUUUGCGAGAGUCUCAGAUUAUGGAGCGGGAACGUAAAGCCAAGCUGCAAGUGGAGCGUCAGAUGGAGGAACGUCAGAAAAAGGUUGACGAACAGCGGAGGAAGGAGGAGCACAAACGACAAGCUGUGGAGGAGAAGAGGAAGCAGAAACAGGAAGAGGAAAAGGAGCACUAUGAGGCAGUGAUGCGGCGGACAUUGGAGCGUAGUCAGCGUGUGGAGCAGAGGCAGAAAAGAUGGUCUUGGGGAGGACUGUCCACAGACUCCGAUGGACGAACAGGAGAUUCUGAUGCCAGCGCCUCAUCUCCAGUAACUAUAGUUAUCUCCCCUGCCUCGCCAGAAAAGCCACCAAGGAGUCGACAAGUGGACAAGCGCUCCACAUCCACCAUGAACUUGAAACAGUCGUCCGAGGCUGGCAUCAGCAAACGCCUAUCCUCUUCCUCUGCCACCCUCAUCAAAUCUCCCGACAAAAGUGUUAAGCAGAGGAGUUCGUCUUGUAACCGGUUGCCUAGCAAUGUGAAUGCUUCUCAGGCCAGUAAGGAAGAUGGCAAAAAGCUUCAGGUGGAAAAGACAGGCCAUUCCAUGAAGAAGAGAAGUUCCUCCCUCACUCGAGUAAGUGUGGGCAGAGCACAGACCCCUACCAAGCCUGAUAAGGGGACAACGGAUGAUCAAGCUCGCAAGCCACCGGCUAGCACUGUGGACGGAGGGGUCCUUAGUCGCCUGCUCACCCCCACCCAGGCCUCACUAGCUAGGAGCAAGAGUGCCGCCGCCCUGUCCGCUGAAGGAACAGAUGCUCCAGAGUGUCACCUGUGUCCUCGCUCAGCCUCUGCCACUCCUCUGCACCCACCGCGCGGACCUGUGCGCAGUCGUAGCAUUGAUCGACAGAAGAGCGGCAUGACCACCUCUGUUUCAGCCGAUGGAGCCCUCGACCCUUCACUGAAGGACAAGCAGGUAACAUCGCCGGCAGGGCAGCGUCCCGCCUCCCCAUCUACUACCCUGGGACGCAACCGCUCACCAUCCCCAGCCCCCAGUCCAGCUCCAAAGAGGACCCCCUCCCCAGCAGCAUCCAAGCAAAGUUCCAAGACCCGCCCACCGUCACCUAGUGCAAUGAAACAACGUCCCCCAUCUCCCCAGCCCACAUCAACCAAACCCCCACCCAUCCAGAAACCAGCUCUUACUCCAACAGGACCCCCUACUUUACGAAAGAGAGACUCCAAGUCCAAGGAUUUGUGUCCUGUCCAGGCUGUGGCUCCGCAGUCCUCUGACAGCAGCAAGACCAAAGACAAAGAUGACUCAAAGGGCACGACAGGAACCAACUCGGCCGCUGAGGCAGCCAAGAUCCUGGCUGAGAAUCGCAGACUGAUGCGAGAGCAAAAAGAGAAAGAGGAGCAGCUCAGGGUACAGAAGGAGGAAGAGGAGAAGCUGAAAAAGGAAGAGGAAGAGCGUUUAGCGGAGGAGGCUCGACUGAAACGUGUGGAGGAGGAGAAGAAGCUUGCAGAGGAGAGAAAAAUCAGAGAAGAAGAAGAGGCUCUGCUGGCGGAGGAGGAGCGGGUGAGACUGGCAGAAGAGGAGGCAGUGAAACAGGCCGAGCUCCAGAAGGAACGAGAGGAGGCUGAGGCUAAGGCGCUGGAGGAGGCUGAGAAAGUACGUCAGGAGAGAGACCGCAUCAUGCAGCAGAACCAGCAAGAGCGAAUGGAGAGAAAGAAGAGAAUUGAAGAAAUAAUGAAGAGAACUAGAAAAGGAGACCCUAAUGACAAGAGAGAUGAUGAUAAAUGCUCACAGGACAAUGAUGAUAAUGAUGAUAAUGAUGACAAUGAAGACAAUGAAGACGAGGACGUGGACUCAGUAAACUUUGAAACAAAUGACGCCACAGCAGAGAUGGAUGACAUGGCCAUGGAGGCCGACAAAUAUGAUGAGUGCGGUCUGUCCUGUGAGCCAGUGAAACAACGAGAGGAGGCCCUGGGCAGGGUGAACGGAAAACCAGAAACCGACGAUAAGGAGAAUAACAAUGGCAUAAGCACAGAUGAGACCCAGGCAAUAAGUCCAGUCCCUAAAGGCCGCCUCGUCGAGGGCUCAGAGUUCCUGAACGAGCAGGACUCUGCUAAGGUGGGGUUGGUCUCAGGUCUGAACGGUAAAUCCAACCAGUGGAGCUUUGAGGAACUGAUUGACCUCAAUGUCCACUCCAAGACCCCCCUCAUCGAGGCGGAGGACUGUAACCAAGUCUUGAUCAACUGUGACGGGAGCUCAGACGGGACCAGGGUAGCCUUCGAGGACAAGGGAACCCCCGUCAACCCCCUGCAUUCCUCUAAUCAACCCAUAGAAGCCCUUUCAGAGAUGUGAUGCUGCAGCCAUCCCUGCAAAGCCUCUCACUGUUGCACUCCUGAAGUUCCUAUCAAGCUGAGCUCAUUAAAAAAAAAAAAAUUAAAAAAAGCAAGUCCUCUUUGGUUCCAAACAUCUUCCUCCUCUUUGUCCUCCUCCUCUUCCAGAUGGAGGAACACAAGGUGAAGCGGAAAGACCUCCCCAAGUGCUACCUUUGCACUGCACAUUAUGAGGAAACAUAUGUAUUGAAAUUAUAUAUUUAAAAAAAUAUUCUUCAGGGAAAUUCCAUAUAUUCCUUAAACAUGCUUUCUUCAGGUCUCUUUCCUCUCCCACUUGUGUUUAGUUCUUCUCCCACGUGUUUUUUUUUUCCUGUGUUGUGUCCAAUGUCGAUGUUUUUUAAGAGCUUUGUCAGGGGUGCAUUGUUGUAAUUUAUUAAUUUUGGCUUCUUUGUUAUUGUAAUUAUUGUUAUUAUUGUUUUUGUUUCUCUUCUGUGACAAUAUUCCAGGACACAUGCGUGAACUGACGAUGAGGUAGACAUUGUGAGUAAAUGGAAGGAAUGUUAAAAUGGUCUGUUCUGUCGGGGGUUGAGGGGGCGGGUUGCAUCCCAGGAUUUGCAUGUGAUUCAUCUAAAUUUACUUGACCGGCUGUUUUUGCAGCAUCCAGCAAUAUGGCCUUAUCGUGUUUCCCAACCUCAACAUUUUAAGUAUGGACAUACUAAAUUGUUUGUGCUAAAAGCUCAUACACGCACAGUUUAGCCGUCUCAGUUGGGAGCGGAUUCUGUAUUCAUGCUUCACCUGGCACAUCUCGGUUCUUUCACCACAUUGUUUUUUCAAGCCAACCACACACUCGUCUCCCUGCUUCUCCCUCCCUGUGUUUCCUGCAUUGGCCGCUAGAGGGAUUCAGGUGCUCAACUGUAACGUUUGAAGCUGUUUGGUGUCGAGAUUCAAAGUCGACACAGUUGUGAAUUCAAAGGUUAGUUGAAGCCCGAGCAGUUUGUGGAUUUGGAGUUUCGCAGUUCGUUUAGGUUCCAUGUGUAUAAACUGUAUGUUUCUUGAGUUGUUUCCAGUUUUAGUGUCUAAAAAUCUGAAGUGACGACAGCUGCAGCUGUUCCACUCAGCUGCCUAAAGAACUUGACUCAGUGACUAAACACAAGUGAAGUUUAUUAGGCUCAUUCAUAGUGUCUUUGAAAAACAGUGUCUGUUAACUGACCUGAACUUGAAUGUUUGGCUGUUCUGUCAAUAAUUUUAAACUUUCAACUUCAGUUUUUCAAUUUUGUGCUCCAUCACAUCCAUACACACAUUUCCUCCUUCCAUCCUUCCACCCGUGCGGCUUUAUCAUUAAUCUCACUCGUGUCCCACUAACUUCCCUCGAAAACUUCCUCUUACACAAGCUGCUGCAUCUGAAACAAAUGCAUUUCAACUAUUUUUGAUAAUAUACAAAUUUGGCUUUUUGUUUGUUUAUAUAUGAAAAUACAUUUCUACAUAUAUUUAAGUGUUAUUGUAUCGUGUAUAUAAUCAGUAUUAGGCAAAUGAAGCCAUGUUCCGGUGGGAGUGGUGUCAGGAUGUGGAUAAUUGAAGUAUGUGUAUGUGCUUAUAAGAUUUAGGGUUUCUGUUGUUGACACGUGUCCUGUGAGGGAAGUCAGGUUUGGCGUAGGGCAUCUUGGAAAACUAACAUUUAACUGGAGCCCUCUUUCAGAGCUCUGCAAAAACAAGGGGCCAAGCCGGGGCCCACUUUGUGUUUGUCGCUGUGGUGUGUGUCAGGCUUUCAUUGUCCCCAAGCUCUGGUUUUGAUUCAGUUAUUGCCUCACAAAAAAGUCAACAUUUUGAUGGUGGGCCGAGCUCUUGCAUACAGCCCUCAGCAACAUGUCUGACCCUUGAAAUCAGUCUUAUCUGUGCCUCACAAUGAUUUUAAAGUCACUGAAAUAUGUUUUACAAAAUAUCAAAGGAUGAGGAGAUGUCGGCUCCUCCGUUGCGACGAUGCACAUCCGCUGAACAAAACACGACGUGGGGCCAGACCUGUUUUCCCGCAUUGUUGUACUGUCUGUUCUGGAUUUUUGUACUGAAAUGUUGAAAUUCCCGAUGCUUGAAUUGUCCAAGCACCAGGUUUGGGGACCUUGAUGUUUUGUUUUUGCCUUGUUCUCUGCUGGCUGACUAAAACUGGCUUUCAUUAAUAAGCUCAAAGAAUGUAACAGACUCCAUAAACCGUCCUUCAUUAUUUACCACAUCUCUCAAAAGCUGCCCGCUUUUAGCUUUCGUGUUAUUAUUCAUGUAGAAAACACAAAACUCUUUGCACUGUUACAAAGUACUCGCUGCGUUUUAAGAAUGGUAACAUAAGAGUAGCUUUACUGUACAGAGCCGAAGGAGAGUUAUGUGAUAUUCUGGAAGAUGUCGUCUUGGCUUUGUGUUCGCGCUCAGAAUUUUAAAAGUCUCAUUCAUAACCUGAAACUUCUACCUACUCACUUCUACACCCAAACUCCUCCCAGACCUCUCCUACCCCUCCUUCCACUCCUGAGUAGCACCCGAUGGGGGCUGUUGUAGCUGCUGCUUGAACAGAUACUGUAUCUAUUCCAGGUCCUGCUGCAUCUUUUAGGGCUCAAGCGCUCAACGUUGUCUGAUACAAUAGGAUAGAACGGUGCCUUAGAUUGAGAUUUAGUAUUUUUAUUGUAUCACUUGUUACUAAGAAAGUUUGUCUUUACCUCAGCCUCGACAAUCAGUUUACCCAACCAGGGCAACUGUGUGAAUAUUGAACAUUUCUCUGAAAGAUUUACAGACCUAACAACGCCCUGUUCAGAAAAUACAAUUUGUACUGUAAAUAUAUCUAAAAGUGUACUGAGUUGACACAAACUGUUACAACAAUAAAGUUUGCAAAAAUA